GUUAGGCUUUCAAUACGCGUGCUGAUCGGGCACGCACGCAGCCUCUUUCUUUUAAAGUAAAGCACUUUUUUUUUUUUUUAAAACAAACACUGCGAAUAUCUACUAGUCAGAAAUAAAGUGAACGAAAUAAACGUCUGUAAGAAUAUAUAGUGUUAAAACAUAUUAAAUAAGAAAAGAGGGGUUUUGUAGACAGCUUCGCUAUGAAAGCAUGAAACCAAACGGACCCCCCGAAUAAAAUUCCUGGUGGAAAAAGAAGAGAGAACAUGGCUUGUGCGCUAUCUUCUUCCUUUGAACGAGACGUUAGGGCAAGUUCGAGACUGCUGCAGGGGACGUUUUCCGACUUCACCGACUCUGGCACGUUUAAUGGAGACAAAUAUGCCAGUGUUGUUUCUGAAAUGGGAGCACCGACAGCCGUUAACCAGGAGGCGGUUCAGGCGGCGGUGGAGAUUAUUAUGACAAGAUUUACAGGCAUUGCCAUCAUAAUUGAGGAAGCAGUGAAGGCAGCAGUGGAAAUCCUAACGGCAAGAUUUAGAGGAUGCUUUGAUCGGAAAUUCGCUGAUUUUCAACUCGAAUUGUCAGUGAAGGACAAAGAAAUAGAAAGCCUGAAGCUACAACUGGAAGUCUUCAAGAGUGAACAGAGCGCACUCCUGGGGCAUUAUGAACCUGAAGGCAAGUCGAUGGAGGAUUCGGCAACUGCUCAAGCCGCAGAGAACGAAAAUGAAUUAUUUUCUAUGAAGGAGGAAGUACAGAAUGGUGGUGAUUUGGAAAAGGAAUCUGUUGCUUCUCUCCAAGAAGACAAAGGAAGAGUGACUGAACAAGGUUGCAGAUAUGCAGAAGAUGAGCAUUCUGUAAUAAACCUCCCAGUCCAUGGAGAUGGUGGGUUAUGGCACCAAUUUGUUCAAAUUAAGGAAGAGACAGAGUACCCGGACACAGCCCUGAUUAAAGAGGAAAUUUGUGAAGAAGGUGCUCUCAAUCCUAAAAUCCAAGGCAGUGAACUUGAGUCUUGCUGCAUGUCAGAAAAUGAGUCUCCUAGUCUGCAGCCUGCAUCGGCUUAUGGAAGUCCUGAAGCAGAUGUGCCAGUCAGGCAGAUGUCGAUUCACAGAAGAUGCUGCUCCCCUCAGCUGCCAAAUGACAGAGAGCAGCAAGAGAUUAAGACACCCGCGAGAGAUUCUAACAGGAAAGCUCAAUUAUCAGCUGCCCAGCAGUCCCACAAUAGUUCUGCUCAGGUCAAAGACGAAAUUUGUGAAGAGGGAUCUGUCAACACUAAAAGACAAAGCAAAGCCCUUCAAUCUGGUUGCAACACUGAGGAAGAAUUCCUUAAACUACAGUCUGCCAACCCUGAAAUGAGGAAGCUGGCGAGGCCGACAUCCAUUCGUAGAAGACGCUGCACCCCUCAGCUGUUGUCCAUAGGUGAGGAGCAUGGCAGGGCUGAAACCUUGUUGUGGAAGAAGAGGACAGAGAAACCCGCUUCUAGAAAAACACAACGGAAAGACCAGACAUCAAAUGUCACACAGACUGGCUCAACAGAUUUGCAAGAACAUAAGGCUACAACUGAUGAGUGUGUGCAGCAUAGCGCCAUUCCAGCAUUGACUGUGGCAGAGAUGGACACUACUAAAAGUUCCCAGUGUAACCAAAGCAGCAUGGCUCCACAUCAAUGUCCAAUAUGUGGUAAGAGAUUCACGAUGAAAAGGUAUCUUGCCAAACACCACAGAAUUCACACUGGAGAGAAACGUUUUUGUUGUUCUGAGUGUGGGAAGAGGUUCUUAAAGAAAUAUCACCUUCAGCAGCAUGAGAAGACCCAUGCUGGAGACAAGCCAUUUUCAUGUGCCCAGUGUGGAAAGCAGUUUGGCCGGAAAUACUAUCUUCAACAGCACCAGCGAAUCCAUACAGGUGAAAAACCUUAUGGAUGCAGUCAGUGCGGCCAGAGGUUCAUACGGAAAGAUUACCUUCAGCAUCAUCAAUUAAGCCACACAGGAGAAAAGCCAUAUUGUUGUUCUUAUUGUGGGAAAAAACUCAAACACAAAAUCGGCCUUGUCCACCAUCAGCGGAUACACACAGGAGAAAAGCUGCACUGUUGCAGUGAAUGUGGCAAACAGUUCACAUUAAAAAGUAAUCUUCUAAAGCACCAAAGAAUACAUACCAGGGAAAAACCAUACUGCUGCACUGAAUGUGGAAAGCGAUUCACACAGAAAUGUCAUCUUCAGCAACACAAGUGUAAGAAAAUCCUAGUUAUGUGAUGCUGCUCUUCUAAGAUUAAUCCGAUUGAACUGAAAAGUAUAUUUUAUUAGGGGAAAUAAUGUAGAUUUUUAUAUCAGUACAGGAAACAAAUAUAAACUAUUUAAAAAACAACAACAUCUUUGUUAUGGCAUUGCUUUAUUAGAAGAACAUGAGAAAAUCCACUUGGACAAAACAAACAGACACUUUCAAAACAGUAGACUCUACUUUUCCUUAUAAUGCCUAAUAAAGAAUUUAUUUGGAUACCAGCCACUACUGAAAAUAUUUAUAUAUUCAAUUUAGAGUGGUAAUUUUGCCUCUAUGUUCUAAAUUAAACCAAAUCCAUUUACAUUUUUGGGUAAGACGGUGCUGAAAUAGAGAAGUGGAGGCAAGUCUGCAAAGUGAUUGAUUAUAAAUGUCUAGGUACUGUUGUAAGAAAAUAUUCAAAUUCAUAUGACUUGUCCUGCCCUUUUUCUGGUAUUAACAGGCUCCAGUAUUGAACCACUAAAGCAUUACAGCUUCUCCACU